AAGAAAAAGCCCAGUGCUAAUACUAGUACUUAGGGCAAACUUCAAUUCAAGAAACUUUCGUCUCCUUCUCCGGUAUUGGUUUCUGCACUGCCGCCGCAUCGCCUUUGCUUUUCGCCAUGGUGAAGUAUUCCAGGGAACCCGACAACCAGACCAAGUCAUGCAAAGCCAGGGGAUCUGAUCUCAGAGUUCACUUCAAGAAUACAAGAGAGACCGCCCAUGCUCUCAGGAAAAUGCCUCUGUCCAAGGCCAAAAGAUACUUGGAGGAUGUUCUUGCCCACAAGCAAGCUAUUCCAUUCACAAGAUUCUGUGGUGGGGUUGGCCGUACUGCUCAGGCAAAGAAUCGCCAUUCAAAUGGACAAGGACGUUGGCCUGUUAAGUCAGCAAAUUUUAUUCUUGACCUACUCAAGAAUGCUGAGAGCAAUGCUGAAGUCAAAGGCUUGGAUGUAGAUUCACUUUACAUAAAAAAAAAAAAAAGGAAGCAAAUUUUAAUGAUUGAUGUUCUGCACGCAGCUUACAUGUCAUCUCCCUGCCAUAUCGAGUUGAUCUUGUCAGAAAAAGAAGAACCGGUUAAAAAGGAGCCUGAAACCCAGCUGGCUCCCAAGAAGACAAAAUAGACUUUGAGUUCUACAGAGUGAUGCUUAAUGAAUGGUAGACUUGAGGUAGUCUUCGAUUUCGGGAAGGCGGGAAAAUUUCUGUUCUGUUUCAUUCUCUACUGUCCAUGAGAAUAUUUUAUAUAUUAUAUUAUCGGAAUUUUGUGUCACCAGAAUUUUAUGUUAAAAUCAGUUUUGUCUGAUUUUAGUUUUGAUUUAGGAGGAUAUGAGCAUUCAAGUUAUGUAUAAAUUCAUUUUGACAUUGAUGGAGGGUAGUGUUUGCUUUCCCCUUUUUUCUUCUUAGUCUUUGAACUUAAAAUAAUCGAAUUGGUCCUUCGA